AUGGCUAAAGUGGCGGGCGAUGGCGUUCCGCUGCUCUACCUAACCAUUGUGAUGCUGUCGCUUUCUUGGGUCACACUCGUCACGCGCUUGGGAGUUCGGAGAUGGAAAAAGAUUCUCGGUUUGGAUGACUGGCUGAUGUGUUUAGGCUUGGUGCUCUACACUGUGGUUGCCGGUCUGGUCAUUACGUGUUGUUUCCAUGGUUCAGGACAGCGGGCCAAGCACAUCGACAAAGCCGAUAUCAUGAAGGGAACAAAGCUUUUCUUUAUCGCCCAGUUCUUCUACGCGGCUUGCACGGUACCUAUCAAGGCCAGCAUCUGCGUCACUCUCCUCCGUAUCGCCGAUUCUCGCCGUCGAUUCGUGUGGACUAUCUGGUCAGUCUUGAUCAUGACCUGCAUGGCCAGUGUCAUCUUCAUCAUUGCCACAGCCAACGUCUGCCACCCGGUUACAACCCUUUGGGGGGAGUCGGAGGGCACUUGCAACCUCAAGCUGAACAGUAGCAUUGGCUUCUUCUUCUCGGCUGUUUCAAUUGUCACCGACUGGACGCUGGCGCUGCUCCCCGGAGUCUUGCUCUGGAACAUUCAAAUGAAGCCACGAGUUAAGAUGUCGGUUGCUCUCAUGCUCGGUCUUGCCGCCUUCGCGAGUUGUGCCACGAUCGUUCGACUUCGUUACCUCACGCUAUACAACGAUCCGACGGAGUUCAUGUACAGUACAGGCGCGAUUGGCCUGUGGUCUGUUCUGGAGGAAGGCAUUGGAAUUGUUGCUGGAUCCAUGCCAGCACUUCGGCCCCUGCUGAAUCUCCCCAUCUUUGGUCGCAGCACUUACGCCAGUGGCAGCAACCCAAGAUAUCCAUCGGGUCAGAUCAGCUCCCACAUGUCAGGGCGUCGGCGGCAUGAACAUGGGGAUAGUGUCAAGCUGAACACGUUGGCGUCAGUGACGGCCACGCAGAGCAACUACGAUAAGGAGAGGCCGCGCCGAAGUGAUGAUGAUGGGGAUAGCCAGAAACACAUUCUCAAGCAGACGCAAGUAACUGUAGUGGCGGAACAGGAACACUCUGCGGCAGCUAAUGACUGGGCGAGACAGCGAGUCUUGGGGUGGGAAGGUAGUAGGUGA